AUACUAGCAUUUAUUGUUUUUUAUUACUUCCCUAAGGUGGCUUUCAAAAGAGACACCAAGUGACAUAUUUUUAGGAGGGCUUUAAAAGUUUGAUGGGGUGGAAGUAAACACUGCUUAUCUCAACUGGCAGCAGAGCCAGGGCCCAGGGACCAGCGCUUCUGUGGACUCAGCCUGUUGAGCAGCAGUCCCAGCAAUGAGUGGCCGGAACAUCUGUGUGGACAAUGCAACAGUUUGCUCCGGCGCAUCCUGUGUGGUACCUGAGAGCAAUUUCAAUAACAUUCUAAGUGUGGUCCUAAGUACGGUGCUGACCAUCCUGUUGGCCCUGGUGAUGUUCUCCAUGGGAUGCAACGUGGAAAUCAAGAACUUUCUAGGGCACAUGAAGCGGCCGUGGGGCAUCUGUGUUGGCUUCCUCUGUCAGUUUGGAAUCAUGCCCCUCGUGGGAUUCAUCCUGUCGGUAGCCUUUGACAUCCUCCCCAUCCAGGCUGUGGUGGUGCUCAUUAUGGGAUGCUGCCCUGGAGGAACUGCCUCCAAUAUCUUGGCCUAUUGGGUUGAUGGCGACAUGGACCUGAGCAUCAGCAUGACCACAUGCUCCACACUGCUUGCCCUUGGAAUGAUGCCGCUGUGCCUCCUUAUCUAUACCAAAAUGUGGGUUGACUCUGGGAGCCUCAAAAUUCCCUAUGAUAACAUAGGUACAUCUCUGGUUGCUCUUGUUGUUCCUGUUUCCAUUGGAAUGUUUGUUAAUCACAAAUGGCCCCAAAAAGCAAAGAUCAUACUUAAAAUUGGGUCCAUCGCGGGUGCUGUCCUCAUCGUGCUCAUAGCUGUGGUUGGAGGCAUAUUAUACCAAGGCGCCUGGAUCAUCCAGCCCAAUCUGUGGAUUAUAGGGACAAUAUUUCCUGUGGCGGGUUACACCCUGGGGUUUCUUCUGGCUAGAAUCGCUGGUCAACCCUGGCACAGGUGCCGAACGGUUGCUUUUGAAACGGGGAUGCAGAACACGCAGCUUUGUUCCACCAUCGUUCAGCUCUCCUUCACUCCAGAGGAGCUCAAUGUCAUCUUCACCUUCCCCCUCAUCUACAGCAUUUUCCAGCUCGCCGUUGCCGCAAUAUUCGUAGGAUUUUAUGUGGCAUACAAGAAAUGUCAUGGAAAAAAUAAGGCAGAACUUCCAGAGCAAAGAAAAUGAAACGGAGCGUGAGUCACUGUCUUAUAAGAUGAAUGGAGGAUUUCAACCGGAUGAAAAGUAGACACCAAAUGGACAAAAAAGACGAGUUCUAAAUUACAUUCUUAAACCAUAACUAUAUUUAAUUAUGUUUUGGUGGGAUAGUUGGCAGAAAAGAGUUAAACUAAAAAUUUGAAUUUCAUUUGAAUUCAUGUAUUGGUUUCAAUACCAAGUGACUGGUGGUCCAAUUCUCUAAUGUGACAAAUAUUGUUUCAUAUAUAUAUAUGUAUAUAUAUAUAUGCUUUAUAUAUGUAUAUAUACUCAUAUAGAUAUAUUGUCAUUGAAAUAUUCCCCCAAAAUAUUCUUAGACUAAACCUGACAUAGGUAACACUGAGAAUGAGAACACUGUAACACCAAAACUUAAUUCUUACACAGAGUUUCCUAGCCCAGAGAUGAGGACUUGACUUUCUGUAUGUUAAAAUAGACAUAAUGAAUUAUUAUUAUAGUGGUCAAGAUUUUCUUCAGUAUUUAUGAUUGUAAAAAUUGACAUGAACAUCUUUCACUAACAUUUUAAUCAUUAUUCUGAAAACUUUGCAACCUAUUUAUUUAUAUAACUUUGUAAUAUAACAUGGGCAAAAACCUGACUUCUGUAUUUUUAAAAAAUUGCCUUCUCCAGUGACAGUUCAAAGGCAGAAAUGAGAGGAAAUUAUUAUGAAGUAAAAUUCAAUAACCAUAUUGAAUGCAGACUCAACUCAGCAGGGAUAUUGCACAUCUGUUGCUCUACCUCAGGGGUCCAGGGAUACCCACUAGAUCUUUCAAGGACAAACCUAAUUCUUUUAAAUGGUUUGUAUUUGGCAAAGAGCUCUUCAAACCUGGGAGCGAGACCUCCUCCAGGUUUUCCUGUGUGCAGCAAGUCCACGUGACUAAUAUGACAGCUAUUCCGUUCACAGGCACCACCCGCAGUAGACAUCAUGGUCAGGGAGUUGGCAGGAGGUGCACAGACAGAAGUAUUGGGAGAAACACCUUGACUCUAGUGGAAGAAUUAAUUCAAUGGGAGAUAGUAAAAAAUACAUAGAAAAGGCCAGGCGUGGUGGCUCAAACCUGUAAUCCCAGCACUUUGGGAGGCCAAGGUGGGUGGAUCAGGAGGUCAAGAGAUCCAGAACAUCCUGGUCAACAUGGUGAAACCCUGUCUCUACUAAAAAUACAAAAAAUGAGCUGGGCAUGGUGGCGUGUGCCUGUAAUCCCAGCUACUCAGGAGGCUGAGACAGGAGAAUUGCCUGAACCCAGGAGGCGGAGGUUGCGGUGAGCAGAGAUCGCGCCAUUGCACUCCAGCCUGGGUAACAAGAGCGAAACUCCGUCUCAGGAAAAAACACACACACACACACAUAGAAAAGCACAAAUAACAGAAACCCAGUUGAAAUGCUUAACCACAGUCAAUUAGAUGUACAGGAGUAAGUAGUUUAAGAAGAAUCAAGUCCAGGAGUGAUCGGGAAAUGAGUAUUAGGCAGUAUUCAAAAAACAGCCAGGAGUAUCUGGUAUAUGGCAGGAGGGGUUUAUGGCUGCCAGGGGGAAAUAGCUGGUCAAGUGUUGGGCUCUCAAUUAUAAGAUCAAAUUUAAUUUUGUUUCCCUGAUUCUGUAGCAAUCAGAAUACAUCAUCUUAACCACUGGGGCCUUAGUGAUUUUGUUCCAUUGUGCACUAGAUAUUUCCACUGCCUCAUAGUCCGUUGCAAAUGUUUUGGCUGAAAGGACUUUUUACAUUUACAUGUUCUGAAUUCAGAUCCUGCUGGUGCACCCAAGCAUUAUGGGAACUAAAAUGGACUAAAUAAUUUUAAGAGAUAGUGGAGGAGAGGGGGUACAGAUUUCCUUCUUAGAGAAUGUCAAAGAAUAUGCUCCCAACGGUGGAAAAGGAAGAUUUUCACUCUACUGGCUAAGUACCUCCUACACAUUUCUCAUCAAUCAGAAAACAGACAGGUGCACUUAAGGGACCAUAAAAAUUCAUAUUGUAAUUUCAACACACCAAAAAUCAAGUCCCCAGAUGCCAGCAGCUGCAGCAAGAAAGUUUUUCCUCCCUGUUGAUCAAGACAGGUGAGCAAGACAGAACUUGGCUUUCUAACAUGAUGUGGUAUCUUGUGACUUGUGUCUUUUUCCCUAAUAUGCUAGUGGGAAGAAAAAUAGCUGAGCUUUCUAAAAUGAUAGCUCUAUAUUUUUAAGUGAAUUUGAAAAGUUGAUUAAAUUAUGUAUUUUAUUGCCUCUGUGAGUAUCAUAUUAAAUGAAUAUUUUAUUUUAAAUACUUAAAUAAAUAAAAAUGAUUUUUGUAAA